GGAGGCGCGCUGCCAGGGGAGUAAAAGUCCUGGUUUCAGGAGGCCAUGAGUGCCAACAAGGGCAAUAUAGUGUGCAGGUUUUCCUCCUGGAGAACUUGGAAGUGGGGUCACUGGCCGGGAUUUGCCCUCGUGGGAUCCCAUGGCUUCCUUUACCGGGCUCUGGGGCCCUUUCACCCAUGUAAGCAGAGCACUCAGCCAGCGCUGUUUCAGCACCGCUGGGAGCCUCCGUGCGAUUCAGAAGAUGACACGGGUGCGUGUGGUGGACAACAGCGCCCUGGGGAACACCCCAUACCAUCGCCCUCCUCGUUGCAUCCAUGUCUAUAACAAGAAUGGGGUGGGCAAGGUGGGCGACCGCAUACUGCUGGCCAUCAAGGGACAGAAGAAAAAGGCACUCAUUGUGGGACAUCGAAUGCCUGGCCCCCGGAUGACCCCCAGGUUUGACUCCAACAACGUGGUCCUCAUUGAGGAUAAUGGGAACCCUGUGGGGACCCGAAUUAAGACGCCUAUCCCCACCAGCCUACGCCAGCGGGAAGGCGAGUUUUCCAAGGUGCUGGCCAUUGCUCAGAACUUGGUGUGAGCAGAGGCCAGGCUGUUGGCUGCAGUGGGGCUCGUGAAGGGAGCAGUUCUGAGAAGUGCAUCUUUGCUGAAGGGAAGCUUGGGGCCCUGUGGCUGGGGAGCAGUGUCCUGUCAGAAAUAAACAUUUUCAUGUAUGUUUUCUUCCUGA